CCACAAAAAUGACACAUUGCAUAUGAACUUCAUCCACUUUUAUUCUUUUUUUAGUAUUUUACUUAUUCAGAUCGUUUUUCUAAAUGGAUUGUGAAAUAACACCUAAAACCUUCAAUAUCAAAUCUCUUGACCAAAGCAACUUUUACGACACCAUCAAGUCUACAAAAUUUAUUUUAGUUUUGUUUUUUACUGAAAAUUGCACAAUAUGUCUCAGUACGGACCCAGAAUAUGCCGAUGUUGCAAGACGGUUAACCGAGCAAUUACCAGAGGUUAAGCUCGGAAGAAUGCAGUGCGAAGGAAAUGAAAAGAUAACAGAAGAACUCAGAAUAACCGAAUAUCCAACCCUCAUUUUUUUCCGAGAAGGAUUCCCAAUAUACUUCCCAGGGGAGGUUCGAAUUAAUAAGAUCCUUGAGUGGGUUGAAAACAACAUCAGACCUUCGGUGAAAACUAUUACGACCAUUCAAGAUGCCAAGGAAUUUAUUUCCAAAAAGAAGCUUUCGGUUUUAGGAUUCUUCCAAUGUUUGAGGAGUGUAGAAGCAGCAGUUUUAGCUACCAUUUCCUGCUGUUGCCCUCGGGUAGCCUUCGCACAAACUUCAGAUAAAACGAUAUUCGAAAAAUACCAAGUUAAGGAGAACUGCGUUAUUCUGUUCAAAAGAGUGGAUGAAUACCAAGCUACCUUCGCAGGUCCUUUCAACGAAAAAGAUCUUUUAAGCUUCGUUCGAACAUAUUCAACCCCACUAAUUUCCGAAAUUAAAAGGGGCGAUACCACAAAGCCCCUCAUACAAGCAUCAUCCCUUCAUUUGCUUCUCCUAGUAUCAACUGCUUCGGGACACUUAACAGAAUAUGUAGAACCAUUGUGUGAAGUAGCCAAGGAGUUCCGAAACAAAGUUCUAUUUGUUAUAGUUGAUCCAGGCGAAGAAGGCAACGAAAGACUUUACGAACGGCUGGGGGUUGAACUUUACGAUACACCUCAGUUUCGUCUGAUAGACUGGGAUGCUGGCCCCUUUGGAACGCCUUAUAAACCAGUGACCAGAGAAAUUACCCCUGAUCACGUUAGGAAUUUUCUGAAUAGCUACUUUCAAGGGAACCUGAAAAGAUACUAUGCAAGUCAACCUAUCUUACCUGAUUGGUGCUCUGGCGAUGUUAUUGAACUUGUCGGCGAGAAUUUUGAAGAAAUAGUAUUCAAUAAAUCAGAGGACGUUGUAGUUAUGUUCUACGAUCCUUAUUGCACGCUAUGCCACUUUUUUGAGGACGACUAUGCACAGGUCGGAUUCCAUUAUCAAGAUCGUAAAGAGGUCCUGGUUACUCGAAUUAACAUAAGAGGAGACGAAUGAGGAAGUUGAAUUGGGAGAUUAUCAGUGUUACGACAAUAUUCUCACGUUCCUCGAGACCGGCGGGAAAAUAGGAAAAUUCAAGCCGGAGCGUGAAAUUGAAGACGCCAAGAAAAGAUGCCAUGUACAUUACCACUAAAGAACGUAAGAAUGUACCCUGGGAUUCCAAAGAGAACUGUAGGCCUGUAAUAAUAUUCCACAAACAAGUUUUACGUGAAAUUGUAAAUCAUUUCAAGCCCUGUAUAUUUUUAUCGAAUAAAGUGAGGUUUUUUUUUAAAAGU